AUGCGUGGCCUUUUACUCGUCAACAACAAAAAUCAAGUGAUUUUGGUGGAGGGGGACAAUCGAUUUAGAAGUCAUUUGAAGGGAUUAUUGAAACGGGAGCUUUGUUCACAUAGUGACACCGCUUCCACUUCUUCUGGAGUCUUUUCCGACUCAUCGUCAGGAAUUUUCACUGAAGAUAAACCAUCAACCUCAAAUCCUAGCUCACCAGCUUCAAAAUCUCUUCAUUGUUCGAGGAAAUUUUGUCAAAGCAUCACCGUUUUGAGCGAGAUCACCUAUCACUUCUUGCCGAUUAUUUCAAUAUUUCGAACAGCUGAAUCAUUAAAGGACUCAUAUAAAUCUUUAAAUUCUGAUGGAUCAACCAUUCUUUUUGAGAGUCUCAGCUGUGAUUUUCUGCUGAUUGUGAUCACGGAAGGUGAUGAAACGGUGGCUCGUGAUUGGUUGCGAGUCUCCUCUGAAGCUCUCAAACUACACUUUGGACCCCUUUUGGAAUCACUCGAUGCCGACUUAUCUGUCUAUGAUACGGCCAUCACUCAAUUGGGGAUUACACUCGAUCAUGUGACCAGACAUUUGCCGAUUAAAAGAGAUACAAAUGGCUAUCGAGCAGCCGCUUACUACUCAAAAGACACUCAAAAGAUGAUCCCAAUGCUGAAAACGUUGAGUGAACGAAUCUCGGAGACUCUAGGCGCCAAUCGUGAUGGGAUUUCCCGAUUCAGCUGCCUUCUCGUUUCCCAUGGAGAGCUUCUCUGCUCGGUGAACUCGACGUCAGAUGAGAAGAAAAUUUGGAAACAUUUCGAUACAACUGAUAUCAAUUCGUUGAAGAGGUUUUUCAAACUACAUCCAAUCACUGCAAAUACUCAAGUGAACCAGCUAUGGCUUCGCUCGAAGAACUCCGAGACGCCAUUUUAUGCAGAUGUGAUGAGAUAUAAACUCAUGGAUGAGCUCGAAAUCGUUUUCGUUUGUGCGGUCUCCGGUUGUGCUUUGAUCAGAAUGGGCGCCGAAGUGCUUGAUCAGCUCGACAAUUUGAUCUAUGAGAAUUCGGAUACUUUGAAAACUUGUAUUAUGGUGAAGAAGUUGUGCACGGCGCUGAGAAGUACAACGGCGAGAUCUCAUUGUCGAACGCCGACUGCAUUCCUGAGAAAUCCUCCGAAAACUGCUGAUUUCAUUGAAGUUGUUUGGGAACGGAUUCUGAAUGAGAUCAGAAAUUUAUCGAAUGAAGCGAAUCAAAACACAUCCACUAGUGGAUCGAGAUCAAGAAGUUUAAGUCUUUUAUCGAUUAAGUCCGCCUUUUCGAUUCUUUCGAUGAGCACUUCGAUGGAGACAUGCUGUGGAAAGGAAAAACUUCUACCACCAAAGCUUGAGACGAUCAUCCGAUAUUUGAGACGCCAAAUCUUGAGUCUUGUCCAAGAGUUGUGUAGCAGUGCACAGGCGGACGCGAUUUCAGAGCGACUACCAACAGCUCAUGCCAUUGUGGCAAGGAGUCUUACGAGAACCCAUCUGAUGGCAAUUCACAAGCUGAAAAUCGGUCACGAGGAUCGUUUUAAUGAAAUGAGAGAACACUUGAAGCCGGCCACUUGGCGAUUUGACAUUGCAGAUUCAAAUCUACGAGGAUUCUCU